AGUGCCACUGGUGCGAUGUGCGAUCGUACCAGCUUCGGCGGUUCAAUGGGCCACUUUCCUAUGGGAAUGUCAGCAAUGGGUGCCAUAGGCACCAUGGGCUCCAUUGCCAUGAACGGGCAGCAAUCAAAAAAAUCGCCUGAGGAGCACAUCAAGCGACCUAUGAACGCCUUCAUGGUGUGGUCUCGAUUACAAAGGAGGAAGAUAGCACAGGACAACCCCAAGAUGCACAACUCUGAGAUCUCAAAAAGAUUAGGUGCAGAAUGGAAACUUCUAACAGAAGAUGAAAAGAGGCCGUUCAUAGACGAAGCGAAGAGGCUGCGGGCGAUGCACAUGAAGGAGCAUCCCGACUACAAAUACCGACCGCGGAGGAAGCCCAAGACCCUCAGGAAAGAGGGCUACCCCUACUCAAUACCAUACCCGAGCGUACCUAUGGAUGCAUUGAGAGCUGGUAUGGCGGGUGGGGGCAUGGGUCAAGCGAUGGGCGGUUAUUACGGAGCUGCUUACGGGCCGCUCGGAGCCAGCAUGGCUGCCGCUGCGGCUGCGGCUGCGCAACAGAACGCAAUAUCUGCAGCAUUGACGCCUAGCGGCCAGGUCGGAUCAACCAUGGAUAUGUCAAAAUACUCCAUAGAAGCGGAGAAAUACAGGAGUUACGGAAUGUACCCCGACCCGUCUCGAGGGUACCUCGACUCGGCAGCUCUGUCUAAGGCCUACAUGUACAUGGAUCAGCAACAACAUCAACGCCCCUAUCCUAUGGAUAUAGGGAAAAUGUAUUCGGAAGCAUCCGCAGCGGCUAUGGCCGGCCUCACCUCCGCCGUUAACUCGGCCCCAUCGAGCCUCUCGCCCAGAUCACCAGCGGAUUCCCCUGAUAUCACACCGAAAAAUCAAGACAGGGCCGAAGGCAGCUCUUCCUCAGGUUCCAACCCUUCUCCAUCCCUUCCAUACUAUCAGACCUCAUCGAGUCUUCUGAUGCCUCAGUAUCCUGGUCAGUACGCUCAGACCGCACAACCUGGCUCAGAAUUUCGGAGGCCGCUCACCGUCAUAUUCUGA